AUAAUGAUGUUUACUUCCAGAUGCAAAGAAAGGAAAUCAUGAAGGCAAAAAGGAAAGAAUUAAGAAAGCAAAGCCUGACAAGGAAUAGAGAUCCUGGAUUUUCCACAGACUACUUUGGAUUAACGGACUAUUAUUAUGAAAAUGGUUUAAGAAAAGUGUACCCCUACUACUUCAAGUUUGAGUCAUAUGUCAAAAGACGGUGGUUAGGCAAGUCUGUGAUUCAAAUUCUAAAAGAAUUUCAGGUGAACACUGAGGACAAAAAUAAAACCAUGGAAGACAUACUGAAAGACGGAGACGUAACACUAAAUGGGGAAGCAGUCACCACAGAUAAGAUGUUGAAGGAUGGUGAUCACUUAGCACACAGAGUACACAGACAUGAGAAUCCUGUGAUUGGGACACCGCUGGAGGUUUUGGUAGACGAUAAGGACGUAAUCGUAAUCAACAAGCCUUCUUCCAUCCCUUCCCACCCCUGUGGCAGAUACCGCUUCAACUCCAUCCCAUUCAUCAUCGGCAAAGAUCUCGGCUACACUAACCUGCGCUCAAUCUACCGUCUAGACAGACCUACCUCAGGACUCCUGAUCCUGGCCAAGUCUGCGGAAAAAACUCGCGAGAUGGAAGAUGAUAUUCUCCAAAAGAGGGUGCAGAAGGAAUAUCUAGCUAGAGUUAAAGGGAGAUUUCCAGAGGGUGUUGUAGAGUGUAACCAGCCAUUAGAUGUUCUGUCCAAUAAAGACAGCCUGUAUGGUGUUGUACCAGGUGGUAAGAGCAGUAAGACCAUGUUUGAAUACAUCAGCUACAAUGGAACAUCCAGUUUGAUUAGGUGUUUGCCACAGUCUGGCAGGACCCAUCAGAUCAGACUUCACCUACAGUUCCUAGGAUUCCCUAUAAAGAAUGAUCCCUUGUAUAAUGAAAGCUGCUUUGGUCCAAGUAACGCCAAAGGUGGCGUUAUAGAAAAAUCCAUAACAGAGAUCGUAAAAUCUUUUAGAGAAAACCACAACGUUGGCUUAUGGGUUGAUGGAGAUAACCCAUUGUUUCAAAAAUGUCUAGAAGAGGAAGAAGCUGCUAAGGUGAUUCAAAAUCAAGAACGUCCUUCUAGUCAAAUGGAGGCUUCUAGUUCUAAUCAAAGAGAGGAGCUUUCCAAUUCAAAUCUGUAUGUGAAAAAAAAAUCUGAUUCUAAUCUGCAUGAAAAAGAAGCUUCUGGUUCAAAUCUGUGUGAGGAGGAAGCUUCAGGUUCAAAUCUGUGUGAGAAGGAAGCUUCAGGUUCAAAUCUGUGUGAGAAGGAAGCUUCAGGUUCAAAUCUGUGUGAGAAGGAGGCUUCUGACUCAUCUGUUCCUCAUAGGACUUCAUUGUCUGGCGAGGAACCUGAAGCUAAACGAUCAAGAAUUGCUGACAGCAUCUCUGGUGAUGAUACAUCAACAGUCUCGGUGACUUUAGAGCAGCAAAAACAACCUACGCCUAUGUGGACAACUGGACGACCAGAGUUUGACUCUCAGAAAUGGAUACCUGAUGCAAAGUGUUUUUUCUGUAAGAAGAGAUUCAAGGACCCAACACCAUCAGACAUGAUCAUGUAUCUACAUGCUCUCAAGUACAAGGGGCCAAAUUGGGAGUAUGAGACACCACUACCUGACUGGGCGAGAGAUGAUUGGAUAGAACCAUUGUAACGGACAAUGCAGUGUUCUAUAUAAGUAAAUGUUUUUUGACUGAGCUGAAUGGGCAUUCAGCCUACUUCAACAUCAUCUGUACGAGACUUGUGCGUGGACAUAGCACCAUUUCACCCACGAUAAAGGUCAUUUAGACACACAUGGACACAAAGUGGUCGUCUGUUGGUGACACAGAGACCUGGUAGACCUGUAAGUGGUUGUCUGUUGGUGACACAGAGACCUGGUAGAUGUCUGUAUACACUUGCACCAACAUAAGAAACACACAAUUUGAAUAACAAUCUUUAUUUGAUAACACAUCACUAGUCAUGUAAUAAGAAGAAGAACACAUAUAUCGGUGCCAAUAUGCAAUGGUGAACAAAGAAUAUUAUUCAUCUUGAUCAAAACCUUGAUUAUUAGCCUGUGUGUGAAAUGUUCAGUAUGAAUAAAGCCAUGACGUUAUACCUUUA